AAAGAGAGAGAGAAAAGCUAUUCUACACGGAUGGAAAGAAAGAAGCUCGCAAAAUCUGCCUAACUCUUGACACGAAAGUGCGUCUGCGAGCUGCUGCGAGUGUCGGGAGCGCGGGCUUUUGGAUGGUUUGUUUAUCGCAUUGCGGCAGCUGGAUGGUCCCGACCCAAGGCAGCAGACCCCAGACAGCAGCUGUAAUGCCCAGGCCUGUCAGGAACAAGAAAAUUGUAGAUUAUUCACAGAGUGAAGACUUUGAUGAUGAUGAAGAUUUUGCAUGUGUGUCUGCUCCUCCAAGUAAAAAGCCUCGUCUAAAAGUUGAUCAGAAACCAAAAAAGGGAAAGAAUGGCAAAAAUUCUGACAGUCAAGAUGCAAAAGUCAAAAAGGAACUGCCUAAGGAAAGACUGCCGCUUGAUGAAAAGGUUUAUCAAAGAAACUUAAAGACUGCAUUAGUCUUAUCAGUGCAAGAGUACACUAAUGAAGCAAAUGAAUCAGCUGAAGCUACAAAUACGGAUACAUCAUUACACCCUAACUGCAAUGAGAAUAGCGAUUUUCCUGGCCUAGAUAAAACUACUGCUGAAAAUGAAGGACUCUCAAUACGACCUAGGCAGAGACAGGCAGCAUCUGGAGCUGUGAUAAAGCAGAGGAAAAUUCUUCUUGAUGAUAGAGGCAGUGAUGGUGAAUGUGAAAACGACUCUGGAAGUGAACAAAUCUAUCUGACAAGUGAAGAAUCGGAAAGCAAUGGAAGUGAUGCAGAUACAGAUGAGGAAUUUACUUUUAAAAAUUUAUCAAACAAAAACAAGAAAAAAGAUAUAAUCAAAGUACAAACAAAGAAAAAAGAAAAAAAAUCUCCCAAAUCGAACAGCAGUGAUUCAGCUCUGGUUCCUGUAAAAAGCAAACCACUGUUGUUGACGGAAAUACCAGUUUCUCCACCAUCCUCCAUAGCAUCACAAGCAUCAAGUCCUUCCACUGGAAUAAGAAAGCCAAAGUGGAUUCCACCAGCCUCAAAAGAAAACAGCAAUGCUUCACGGGAAGGAGUUUUUGUCAGAAGUCCUAGCCAAGGCCUUCGAUUAGGCCUUUCUCGAUUUGCCAAGGUCAAACCUUUACACCCCUGUGCAGACAAUAGCUGAAGAUGGUUUUAAAUUGUAUUAAGAAUGAAGCUUAAUCUUCUGUUGCUUUAAUAGUGACAUUUAUUUUUUAGUUUUUAUUGUCAUAAGACUGUUUUACCAGGUUAUUGUAUUUAUCUGUAUAACUCUUUCACAACCUGUUCACAAUUUUGCUAGAAGUAGCGACUGGAGGAACUCUUCUUGAUUACAGAUUACAUUGAUAACGUUGCCUCACACAGAGGUCUUAUCUGGUGUGUUUCAAAAUAGGAACCAUCAGACAUUGACAAAUUGAGUACACUUUUAAGCCCUCCACCAAGAUUUUGAGGUAUUUUGUGCCUGCUGUCUUUUUCAUCAAGACUGAAUCCACAGGCUGUGCAGAAAAUGUACGUUGUAUUUUCUGCAUAGCCUGCACAUUUAUUCAUAUGGUCUAGUUCAAAAUCUACUUCAAAUGGAAGUCUUAUUGGAACUAAGUCCUGUAAAUUAAAUCUGAGCAAGUUUAAUCUGGACCCAAUUGGUGCAAAACCACAUCAGAAAAUACCAGCUUUUCCAUGAUCUUUAUUAAAAGAGAUCGUAUUAUUGCUAGUGCUUUACAGUGUGUUCUUAGAGGCUUUUCUUAUUACGUAGAUUGAAGGAUGAAUUCUUCUGUCUGGUCAGCAUAAUGAAAUUUCAAACAUGCUCUUUCUAGGCAUAUUUGCAACAUCUGUUUUAUAGACAGUAAAUCUGCUAUCACCAGACCAGUCUACACAAUGAGAACUUUGGCUUACACUUGGAAAUUUUAUCCAAGUGAUUUAUCUCAGCAUGAAAACUGCUCUGUCACAAAGUUUGUCAAUCUGAUGUUUGGGAAUCGUAAUGUUUAGAGACUAAAAUACUGUUAAUUAGAUAAUUAUCCAAUUGAUUUUAUAAAGAAAGUAUGAUUUAUUAACAUUUGAACUCUCUUCAUGUCUGGGUACAACUUCCCAAUAUCCUUUUUAAUCAUGUUGCCAUUUUUUGGUCUCCACCUAAGAGAGUUUCAAGUUUACUAUUAAAGUAACUAUUAUAAAAAUUAAAAAUAAACAUAUCUUUGUAGCAAUCUGGAAUGCAUUGGUUUUUUUUGCAAAAAAACUCCUGCAUUAAUAAUAACAUAUUGUUCAAUAGCUCUUUGCAACUAAUGGAUAGCAUUUAAAUUGUAUUGCAAACAAAAUUGUCAAUUUAUACCUGGCAAGGACCUACAUAAAGCAAAUGUGAUAGUUGACCUGACAACUUGUUUUUGAUACUGGAUUAGGGAAAGUUAUUGGCCAGUGACAAGGUGGGGAACAGAAAAAUUAAUUUGUUUCCACACUUGAAAUAGAUAGUUGCCAAAAUGUACAACAGAUUAGCCCCUCUGGGAGGAAACAUGGUUAAUAUUUUUACAUCAGCAAUAAUCAGAACAGAUUUCCAGGCUUUCUUAAUAUUGUUUUUUAUAUCUUUUUAAGGGAUUGGAUAAAUUUAGUUAAAAUACUUAUUUAAAAAAAUAUUCACCAGGAUUAUUAGAAGCAACAAGUGCAUGACAAAUAUUUACAUUGUCUUUCCUGAUAAGACUUCCAACCAUGUCAAAGAGGGAUUUUACAUCCAUUUGCCCAGUGGAAACUAGGUGAAAUGGGAGUCAAAAUGGCUCCACUGCCAUUGAUAGAAUGCUUUGUCCCAAAUCUGAAUUGCCUGCCUGAUUCAUAUGGUUACCUUGUCAAUAUGUGCAAGGACAUUUUGUUAACAUACUGUGUAGUGGAGUCACCACGGUCACUCAUUCAAAGUAGAAAUAAUUGGUGACCCCACAGAAGUACCCAGUGUUUAUGGAGCCAACCUGAACUCUGGCCCCCAUGAGGAUGAAUAGAGAUACUGCAACUCCUUACUUCCAAUCCCUCCAUGUGAAAUCUUUUUGAAACUUUAUCAUUUGCAGCAUAUUCAGCAGCUAGUACUCGUGACUGCAGAUGAUUUUGGAUUCUCUGAAAACCAUUUCAUCUGGGCAAUUCAUCUACUGUGUUUAAAUGAGGUGCAUUUAAAAUUGAACCAAGACUCUCAAAGCAUCUCCAAUGCUUGUCCUGCCCGUUUUUUCCACCUAGGAACUAAAAUACUCUCAUUGUAAUCCUUCCACUUGAUAAUAUUUGAUGUACUGUAUUAUUUUAACUUAAUUGCCAUUAUUCUUAAAAUAAUUAAUUCCAUGACUGCAAGACAAAACAUUGGUGUACUUUCCCAAGAUUGGAGGAUCAACUCAAUAGAGGUCUGGGAUUUUGAAAGAAGUUAAUGAAAGUAGUGGUGAAUUAUUUCCACUGGUUGUUAGAGCACUUAACAAAAUGACAAAGAUGUAAUAUAUUCAAAAGAAUUUGAAGAUGUCAGUAGAAUAAAAUGUUCUGAAAUGUUGAAGUUGAUGUUAUAAAGAUUAUGAUGAGAACCUAUUGCAAAAACAGGAAAGGAUUUGUAAUGGGACUUUUUCUUUCACAAUAUAAAGUG